UCUUGCUACUAUGAAGACGCCGGCGAAUGGUCUGUGUGUUAUCCAAGAACAAAGCAGCAGACGAUGGCUCAGUUCUUAGUUGAUGGAGAAGACACCUGUGCACAGACAAAAACCAAAACAAGGCCAUGCACACCAGAAUCAGUAAAUGAGGAAGAAACUGACGAAGAAUCAAAGGACGAAUCCAAAGAUUCGUCUUGCGAAUAUGAAAAUACCGGGGAAUGGUCUGCGUGUUAUCCAAGAACUAAACAGCAGACAAUGGCCCAGUCCUUAGUUGAUGGAGGCGACACCUGUCCACAGACAAAAACGAAAACAAGAUCAUGCACACCGGUGACUUCCGAAGAAUCAGAUGACGAAUACGAAGGAGAGGGUGGACUUGACGACGAAGGAGAGGAUGGACUUGAAGACGAAGGAGAGGAUGGACUUGAAGACGAAGGAGAGCGUGGGCGUGAAGACGAAGACUCAGACCCUCGACAAUUUAGAAGGUCAAGGAGCAGGUUACCCCGGGACAAAAAUAUGAGAAUGAGCAGUCAUGGUAGACGCAAUCAUCAUACAGGAACUGAGGGAGGUCAACAUCCUCAAAUAGAGUUUACACGUGAAGGUUUGUCGAGUAUAAUGAAAUCAUUGUUUAGUAGUAGAGGAAAUGGAAACAGACGACGUGGACCUCAGAGACCCAGCCCUCAACAUCAACAUAACGAUUGGUGGACUAGUUACAGAAGACAGAGAACCCAACCUGUAUUACAAACACAUCGUGGAAGUGAACACCACCAUGGAAACGAACACCACCGUGGAAACCGUCGUCAACACAAUCAUGGACAUGGAGGCUAUGUUGGAUAUCAUGGACAAAUAAAUUAUGGAAAGUAGACUCCCCAUACAGUCAUCUUCAACUAAACGUACAGUCACUUUCAGCUAAUAACCUGACAUCUCAAGCCAAAGAAGAUUACAUAAAUUGAUAACAGAUAGAUAUUUACAAAUGAGACAAGAGACUGUCAUGUGUCAGAAGGAUUCGUGAUGCAGACAUACAUAUACUAACAGUCUCGUGUACGCUGGUAAAUAAUAAUAAAGUCAGA